UGUGUAUUUUUUGUGUGUGUUUUAGGUUCCUUAUCAGCUAAUGCUGAAGAGAGGUUGAUGGAAUUUCUUCUCAGUCCAGAUCACUACAAUAAGCUAAUCAGACCGGCGAUAAAUAAAAGUCAGCAAGUCACGAUUGGCAUCAAAGUGUCCCUGGCUCAGCUGAUCAGCGUGAACGAGAGGGAACAGAUCAUGACGACUAAUGUGUGGCUCACACAGGAGUGGAAUGACUACAGACUCGUCUGGGACCCAGACAAGUACGACGGCCUCCAAAAAUUACGAAUCCCCUCCCAUCACAUCUGGCUUCCUGAUAUCGUGCUCUACAACAAUGCGGACGGUGUGUAUGAAGUCUCAUUCUACAGCAACGUUGUUGUCUCCAACACGGGUGACAUCUUCUGGCUUCCUCCGGCCAUCUACAGGAGCGCCUGCGCCAUUGAGGUCCGCAACUUUCCCUUUGACCAGCAGAACUGCACGCUGAAGUUCCGCUCAUGGACGUAUGACCACACCGAGCUCGACCUUGUGCUGAUCUCUGACUUCGCUAGCCGUGACGACUACACACCCAGUGGCGAGUGGGACAUCGUGUCUUUGCCGGGCCACAAGAACGAAGACCCAGACGACGCCACCUACAUGGACAUCACGUACUACUUCGUGAUCCGACGCAAGCCGCUGUUCUACACCAUCAACCUCAUCAUCCCGUGCGUGCUCAUCACUUCUCUCGCAGUUCUUGUCUUCUACUUGCCGUCAGACUGCGGUGAGAAGAUGACUCUGUGCAUCUCUGUGCUACUGGCCCUCACCGUCUUCCUGUUACUGAUCUCCAAGAUUGUUCCGCCCACCUCGGUGGCUGUGCCACUCAUUGGCAAGUACCUGAUGUUCACCAUGGUGCUGGUGACCUUCUCCAUCGUGACGAGUGUAUGUGUGCUUAACGUGCAUCACCGCUCACCGUCCACACACCACAUGCCUGCCUGGGUGCAGCGUAUCUUCCUACACCAGCUGCCCGUCUUCCUGCUCAUGCGGCGACCAGGUCGAUCUAACAUGCGUGAAAGAUUUCGGAGGAAAAACCGGAGCAAGUCGUUCUCUGGCGACACGUUCGCUCUGGGGGCCUGGAGGAUGGCCGAGCUGCCUGAGGGCUCAGAGUUGGGGCAGAGGGUCAGAAUCAGGCGUGACACAGAGGUGGAUGCAGCCAUAGAGGGCGUGCGGUUCAUCGCUGAACACAUGAAAAGCGAGGAUGAUGAUGAAGGGGUCAUUGAGGACUGGAAGUAUGUCGCCAUGGUGAUUGACCGUUUGUUUCUCUGGGUCUUCAUCCUGGUGUGUCUGAUCGGAACGCUCGGCCUCUUCGUCCAGCCGCUAUUCCAGAGCUACAACACACCUGUAGCAAGCGAUGAGUGA